CAAUCUUUAACCUCACUCCAAAGUUCCAAACCUAACCAACAAACAAAAAACUCUGCAGUAAAUAGUAAACACCCAAUUUGCACAGUCCUCUCCCAAUUGAAACUUAACCACACCCCAACCAUACCCUCAAGCCUCAAAGUCCCUUCUUCCUAGUCCUAGCCAUGAACUCCACCACUAUCCAAAACCCUUCAAAAUCUCCUCAACCUCUGACCCUUAAAUCCUCUACCAUUGCCACUUCUUCCAAAUCCAAGCUACCCAUUAAACGCAAAACCCUUCCCUCCUCCCAAGAUCCCUCUUUUUACCCUAACCCCAAUUUACCCUCCACCGCCGUCGUCGUCAAGCCACCGCCAUUCAAAUUCCACCGAAUUUGGACGGAGCCCGACGAAAUCCGAUUCCUCCGGGGCCUCCUCGACUCCGCCUCCGACGGCCUUCUCUUCCCCAGAGACCUCCACCUCUUCUACCACCGCUUCUCCACCGCCAUGUCGCAACCCUACACAAAGUCCCAGCUCUCCGAGAAGCUUCGCCGGUUGCGGAAGAAGUUCCGCGCCAUCUCCUCCCGCCUCCUACGCCGCGGCCUCGACGCCGCCACCGCGCUGUCGCCGCACGAUCGAGAGCUCUACGAUCUCUCCAAGAAGCUCUGGAGCCCCGAAUUCGCUUCAACUUCGCCCUUCAACAAGAUGAAGUUUGAAGACGACGACGCAAUUGGGGUAGUCAAUGUUGUUGGCAAGAACCCUAAUCUUGGAAUCAGCGAUGAUGGGGAAAUGGGUAUUGGUUAUAGUCACGAGAAAAUUGGUGGGGUGGCUUCAAAAAUCGUUCUUGAUGUGUAUGAUGAAUGUGUGGAAGAGGCCAAGAUGGGGCUUUUCUGGCAAGGGUUUCCCUGUUCUUGUUCUCAAAAUGUGGAGGGUUUUGGGAAGCGGUGGCGGGAGCAGCGAGCGUUGGAAUUUGAUGUCUUUGCUAUGCGUUUGAGAUUGGUAAUUGAGAACUCUCUUAAUCAGCGUUAACAAGUAUCUAACUGUAUCUGCAAGUGUAAAGAAAUUUGAUACAUAAAAUGGUUUUAGCAUUUCAAAUAUAUGGUGUUACUUUAAUUUGUUCUCUCACUUUGGGAAGUAUACUAGCAUUUAGGUUUAGGAAUUUUUCUUGCGUAGACAAUGCCUAUGACAAUCACUUGCACUUGAUUGAUAUGCAGUUCAGAAGGACCCGUUUAGCGCAUCAUUCAAGUGCCUAUUGGUUGGUGAUUUGUAAUUAAUAAUUACAGUAAAUUUAGCAUGCUUAUAUAGUAGUUUGUCAAUACUUAUUAUUCUUGUUAGUAUUCAAUCUUAUGUUUAAAGAAGUCUGGGCUAUGGUACUUCGU